AUGAGUUGUCCAGCAGUCGCCGAAGAGCUCAUCGCCCUCGCCGACUCUUUACCUGCAGAUGAAGCGCGUGCACCUGCUUUACUGGCUGUUUCUAUCCUCGAGAAUCACCUAUACACAAGACGCGAACAACCACUGCCUCCCAGUCUUUUAUUCUCACUUGAAUUGCGCAUUGCACAAGUCCUCUUUCGGCAUACGGGCGAAGUAGCCACCGUUGAGUCUAUGCUAGGGUCACUCUCCAAUAAACUCGGCAACUAUGAAGAGUUUGUAUUGCUGAGAAUCGAGGUGAAUGCCUUGCUUGCACAAUUGAUGCAGCAAGCCGGACAAAGUCGAGCAGCCGUUAAAGUUCUCGAGCACUCUGCCAGCUUGGCAGCUGAACGCCAUCUCACCCAUCUACAAUACACCGCACUGCUUCAAAUACAUCAAAUUACGCGCAAUGCGGCCAUUCUGCGGACACUGGCGAGUAUGGCGCUGCAGAACGGACAUAGUGACUUUGCCAGGUACGUCAGGGUCUUGACACAGCUGGAUCGUGCGCAACAUGGACUACCGACCGAUACAAGCGCCUUCGUUGCUCCAUCACAAGGUCAGGCAUUUACACUACUGGAUCUGGUAAGCCUCAUGACACAAAUCACAACAGAUAUGACGAUGGGCGAAUGCGCUACUGCUCUACCAAGACUGUCGAGUCUCCAUGCGCAACUUGACUCAAAGCCUUGGCCAGCAUCACAGACAAUCAUUGUUGGACCCAAUCAAUCACUGACCCUUUCCUGGCUCUCAAAACCACAAGGCUUUGCACUCGUCUCGCUACUCAGUGCGCAUGUGCAUCUUGCAGAUAUGACAUCUCAUCGUGCUGCAAGGUUUCUACAAGAUGGUCUACAGCAGCUUCCGCAUAUCCGAGAUCCCAGCUGGCGAGAUCAGAUGCAAGUUGCAAUAUGGACAACGCAGGUAAUCGAUGCGAUUGUCAGACAACAGUUUGUACAAGCCGACGCAUUGCUGAUACAGAUUGGACAAGGCUCGCGCAUAACGCCGCUUCAUCAGUACCUUCAUGCAAGCUUGUUGCAAGCUCAAGGCAGACUGCAAGAAGCACUUGGAACGUUCUUGUCCUUGGCGCAGGGUGUACAAUUGCCUGGACCACGACCGGCAGCAGACACGGCCGUCUCUGUCAUGAGUGGUCUCUCUGCCGUCUUGAUCCUACGCAGCAAUGUAGUACCAGCACUCUACAACCCAAGCGAAGCAACAUUACUUCUCAACAGCUUACGACCCCAUUGCACGGCUAGUCCCCUGCAAGCCUGUCUAGGACUUGUAACGGCAGCCGAUCCAUCUCAUCAACGCGAACAACCACUCGACGUUCGCAAAAUCCUCACAAGCCUCAUGAGUCAAGCUGCACGUCUAUGCAGUACAGAUCUCAAAUGUCUCGCAUUGACGCUGCUUGCUUCUCCCCAACGAAAUCAGACGGAUCCGCCAGCGGCAAAACGACAAUUCGCACAAGCUGCGUAUAGUCUUGCAAGUCGACCGGCUGGAGAAUUAUCACGGUGGUCGUUAUGGCAUGGUUUGGGGUGGGCGCGUAUCUUGGAAGAAGGUGGAGCAUUGGAACAUGCUGCACAGCAACACGCUAUGAAUGAACGGAUUCGAGGGGCAUUGUUGCAGCAGGGACAGCUUGCGUUGACGCCGUGGCUCUGA